UCAAAUACUUUUCGCAGCUAGCGGAAUCCUUUGAAAAUUGGGGAAUAUCACUUUUUUUCCGGCUCCUCGAUCGAUCAGGCAAUAGUUGUUCGUUGGUUUGACAGAUUUGAUCGAUCUUCAAUUCCUUAAAAAUAUUUGACGUAGUAAUAUCGCAAUACUUCCUGGGAGCGAGGUAAGAGGUCCAAUUGUGUUGCUGAGUGGAACGCGUGACGUCACACAUGUCAGAUGAACUUUUCAGAAUUUGUUUUAUUUAUACUCACCAAAGCUAGGAGAAAGCGGAGAACCCCAGACUACAGGUGAAGCGAUCUAGGGCAUUUAGGCCGCGUUCGCUUUAAAUACUCCAAUUGCUCUUACUACCGGAGUUUUAACCGUUCAAGUUAUCAAGGAAAAUGGUUUUUGCUCUUCUAAGAAAAUCUCCAGAGCUUGUGCCUCUGUUUGUGAUCAUUGGAACUGGCUGUGCAGGGGCUGCUGUCUUCACGAUAAGACAAGCAACGAAAAAUCCUGAAGCAUGCUGGGAUAAGAAAAAUAAUCCCCAUCCAUGGCUCAAUGUCAAGCAUAACGAACAACUGAAGCUAUACAGUCACACAGACUACUCAAAGAUUGAAAAUGUCAGGCCUGAAGCCUCAUGAGUUUAACACUACACCAAAAAGGAAAUGAUAGCACGUUGAUGAACUCAAUCUGGUUUGCACUUUUCAAGAACUAUUAUAGUAGUUUAAUUUGCAAUAAUUUAAGAGGAUACACACUCAGCCCUAUGUACACUAAAAAAUGCAAGGAAGCUUCAAAGGGACAUUCAUGUUUACAACACAGUGAAAAGAAGAUCUUAGACUUUUUCUUUGAAUGGAAAAAAGCAUUGAUGUUGAAACUACUGUGGGUUUGACAUCGGAAAAUUGAAGUUUGAGUUUUGAAAAUGAAAAUAUGAUUUCUGAAACUGAGAAAACAAGCUCAAUUUUUUAAUCUAUUUGUAUGAAUUGCUCUGACUCCAGAUGAAAGCACUUUUUCUCACUUUAGAUGAACAGGAUUUCCCUUUUCACGGCUUCUAUCCAAAAAGUAAUGCUAAUGCUUAAUGCUAAUAAUUAAUAUCAGUUAAUUUGCAAUUUAAAUUAUGUAAUCAGAGUGAUAAUUAUUAACAAUACUAGAAUUAGCACUUUUCAACUCCAAAGGCCACUUUAGUAGUCUAUAAACUUCAGAUUUUCAAAUUAUUUACUAAACAGCUCAUUGUCUAGAAUGUUUAAUAGCAAUUUAUCAUAUGGCUUGUGUUUGUACCAAAGGCACCCUGAUUGGCUAAUUCUUGGGCAUAAUUCUCUUGUAAUGCACACAGGCCAAUUACGGGCCUGCAAACUGAAAGCAAAAGGUAAUUAAGAAACCAUUGCGUGAGAGUGAAUUCUAUUACCUUGACGAGCUACAAUUUCAGGGGAAAAGCAAACUCCCAGAGUUAAAUUACAAAUGCAUUGGUGCUGUACAGGAUGAAGGAAACAGCUUAACAGCUUUUUAAAAGCCAUAUAAUAAACUACCUAAUUUUAACCUCAAAAUAUGUUCUGUCUUUACAGGAAAACCUCAAACCUUGCUGCAAGGUCCUGGUUUGAGUUUUCCUCAUGAAUACCUCACUCUCAGUUAGUAAAUUACUUCCAAGUUAUUUGCAGAUCAGAAAGAACUUUCAAACCAGCACUAAAGAACUAUUUUUCUGCAGGUUAUGGCACCCUGACUACAUUAAACAUUUUGAUACCAAAAUACACAAAUUUAUAUGGCACAUUGUUUGAUAGACUGCAUGCAACUAACACUUCUCAGCAAGACGCAGCGAGACCUUGAGGACAAAAACAAGCAAAAGGAAAGAGCAUGGUUAUUCAUUUCUCUUGUUUGUAUCUCUCGGCCUUAGCUGCAUGUAGGUUAACAAAGAAUGUAUCUUGUAAAGAAAAAACGAAUGAACUUAGUACAACAACUUUAACUUGUAACUAUACCCUUAAAUGUUUUGUACCGGCCCAUUGCUAGCUUUGUUUUGUACCGCAGUUAUAAAGUUUGUAUGAGAAGUGACAAAUUAAAGGAAAUACUGUAUGUGGUCGAUGAAAGAACGCCAAGUAAAUAAAUAGCCAGUAUGUAGAAAAA